AUGGAGAGGAUCGGUUUUGAGAGAGGCAUGUCAUUUCUCGCUGGCAAGGUGGAUGUCAAGACGAUGGUCACAGAUGCUCAUCCUCAGAUUAUGGCUGUGAUGAAGCGAUGCGAGAAGUAUGAGGGCAUAGGACAUCAGAUUGAUGUCUGGCAUGGUGGCAAGAAUCUGACAAAGAGAUUUGUCAAGGCUGCGUCAGAGGAGAGGUGCAAACCUCUGAUGCCUUGGGUGCCAGCAAUCAAGAACCAUUUCUGGUAUGUAUCCAAGUCAUGUGGAGGGAAUGCAGACACUCUGUCUUUGGAGAGCUUCCACAGCCAUAUGUUGAUGUAUUGUUCCAAGAGGCAUGCUUUCAAGUAUAUUGGAUACUCAACAAGAGACCUCCUUGCAGCGAUGGACCACAAAACCCAUCUGGAUCUUAAAGGUGUUAGAUCCUAUAGGAGUGACCAAACUGUGUACUCACCACUGCAGCAUUUGAGGUAACUCUGUAGCAUGACAAGCAGAAGAUAUGCCAUCUCUUCUCUACACCACCUGAAAAAGCUAGUCUCAAUCACUUUAUCCUCCUCCAGCUCAAAAGAAGGACAUAGUUCCUGUGACAACUGCAUCUUUCCUUGACAAAUUACCUUCAGGGAAGAGGAAUCGUAUACCAAGACCAAGCCCACUACAUGUAUGUAAUUACAAAACUUCAGAUAUGUCGAAACAUGUAGAAAGGAAACACAGACUAAAUGGAGAAGAACGAUGGAAAUACAUGAUCCAGGUAUGCUUGACCACACUACACACUUUAACAACACCAUAUGUCUGUUAAUAUGGACAGACACAACUAACCAGUGUUGAACUUGGAGUACAUGCCUCAAAAGGAAGUGUAAAGACAGCAGGUCUAUGUGCCACUUAAUAGCAAGUGAUGUGCUGUUAUCCA